AUGCGCGAGAAAAACGCCCCCAAACAGAGGGGAUUUCGACCAUAUCUGCAGACAUCUGGCUGUCCAGAGGACUCUGCAGCUGUAGCGUCAGCAGCAGCCGGAUUCGCGGGACUAACGUCUGCAUCCGUUGGACGCAAGAGGCGAUACAGCCAGCACUUAGCCUCCUUUCCGACUACUACCGCAGUGCCGUCUUCUGCGAAAUCUGCCACAACUGGCAAAGCAUUUACCCGCAGGUGCUCAGAUGCUUUAACCCAGCCCUCAAAACGAGCAUUUCUAACUGCGUCAGAAGGCGCUGCUGUACUACCACGAUGUAUUUGCCUAGAAGACCCUGUUCACGACACCAUCCAGAAGCAGCAGAGGCGGUGUCCUCUACCCUCACUGCCUUUGCGUCUCCCUCUGAAACUGCUGUUUCCGUACACUAUGCCAUACCAGCCUACUGCUAGAGAGGCUGCCGCCGCUGCUGCUGCUGCUGGUGCUAAGGGACGCACCAGAAAAAAAACGUGUGAACGGAAGGAUGCGCUGUGCUCGUCAGAAGGAUCCCGCCAAAAAGGCGAGCAGCAAUGGCAGGAAGGACAGCAACGGCCCCCAAGCAUCGUGGCGUAUACAGCAACUUUGGUGUUGGAAGACGUUCAGACGUUUUGCGAGCAGCAGGUCUACAUCGAGUCUUUACCCCACGAGAUUCAUUUGCGCACCAAGCAUAUCAAGAAGCAACCGCAGCGGAAAAGGCAGCCACACAGGUUUACCUCGCUUGCAAUUGCCUUAACGUGGCUCCAGAAGCAACUGCACGGCGAGGGGGCCAUCCUGCCUGCUGCAGCUGGCUGCCUCUGUCGCUCCUACACGCACAUGUAUGACGGCGUGCAAGAAAAGGCAACAGCCGUCGGCACAGCGGAGGCGACAUGGGAGGCGGCAUCGAGACGUGCGGCAAAGGGUGCCACAAGAACGACGCCAGCAGCUCCUUUGUGCAUUUCUGCAGCCGCUCUGGAGGCCUCAACGCGGGAGGCGCACGCUGCACUGCAAUUAUUCUCCGUCCUUAGGCGGGUGAGAGAGGCGCACAAAGCAGCAGCAGCAGCAGGGGAGGGCAAGCUCUGCGCCAAGCAUGCGCAGAAUCCUGCUGCUGCAGCCACAGAGGCAGCUGCAGCGUGGGUGACCGCUGCGGCCGAGAUUCCACGCACACUGCAGUGCACUCGAAGCAGCAGCAGCAGCGGGCAUGCGGAGCUGCAGCGCGUUGCUGCUGUGGGGUGCUGCUGCUGUCCUGUGGGGUCUCCCUGGGUGUCUCUAUCCGCUUGGCGCAGCUUCCGCUUGGCGUCACACCCCUCUGUCCGACUGUAUGACGUGCUGCUGCUGGCAGCCGCGAAGCGGCGGCUCUUUACUGCGGCAGACACUUCUCCCGAACCACUGCAGCAGCUCAUGGAAGCUUCAGCACUCGUGGCAUGCAUCGAGCAGAACUCUUCAGCAGCUCCCCUCCCUGCCGCCGCUGCGGUUGCUGCAGUCGCAGACAUCGCCAUCCAGUGUGCUGCUGCUGCCGUCCGUGAGUUCGUAGAAAGCGUUCCACUCCACCCGAGAAGCAGCAGCACUAGCACUAGCACUAGCACUAGCACUAGCGCUAGCACUAGCACUAGCACUAGCACUAGUACUAGCAGCAGCAGGCGAGUCGCAACGUGGAUUUCAGCCCCUAAUCCGUUCGCAGCGGCAGCGAAGACAAGAGAGCAUUCUACCAGCAGACAUAAUCCUGCGCAGCUGCCGCCAGUGUCCCUCGCUUUCUUGAUUGUGCUGCCCGAACUGGAGCUGCUGAGUAACAGCUGCUCAGCAGCAGCAGCAGCAGCAGCAGCAGCCGCCGCCCGCGCAUGGGCCUCAGGUGCGCCAGCUGUAGUGCCUCUCGUGGCAGGAAGAGUGUUCUACAGUGCACCUGCAAAGGCCUGCCUUUUAAAGAAGUAG